AUGAACGUAAACUUCCAUAACAAGCCAAGCGUCACACUUCAUGGGUCAACCUGGGACGCCAAACACCUGGACAAAUUCCUCAGUUCCCAAUGAGGCGAAAAAUUAUUUUCAAGCAAACGAAAUUCAGCUAUGUCUUUACCACCUUCACAGCCAAAUCCUGCAUUAGCUCCUUUUCUUAAUGGAGACACAAAUAUCCGCCCUAGUCCAGCCUUUAUUUCACUGCCACGGACAAGUGAAGCUCCAGCAUUUUUAACAAAAGAAACCAAGCCUAUGACAAUGAUGUCAUGAAGAAAUGACCAACGCCCAUUUGAGCCUUCUCAGCCUGAUAUGAUAAAAAUUGGUGAAAAAAUGAGCCAGUUAGAAAAAAGGCGGCUUGAGGAUGAUACGGAGUACAAUAAGAGAAUUUUACCUUCUAAAAGGAGACAGCUGUAUGAGGCUGCUAAAUAUAGAGAAAAAGAAUAUAAAAAAUUAAAAAAUGAAAGGCUUGCGAUUAUCAAAAAAGAAAGGAUUAUUUCAAAUGCGUACCCUAAUGGAAUUUUAGGAGUAGACUCGCCAGAUAGGCCUGAUUUAAGCAGCCAUUAUUGGAAAAUGCAGAAGCAAGACAUGAUAAAAGAGCAAGAAGACAGGCUAAAAAGGGAAGCAAGGGCUAUAAAUAUGCUAAAAUACAGAGGAACGAGCCCUGGAAUUGGGUUUUCACACUCAAAUAUAGAAAAUCCGCCAGUUGAGAAGCCAAGAGGACUUAAAAGAGUCGAAGAUGAAGUCCCAGAGCAGUACCACAAUACCCAUAACAGCUUAUUUGUACCUACAGUUGACAGGAUUUCUGAAGACAGAAAUGAAAGGCUUAAAUCACUAUGGAGAGGAAACCGUGACUACAAUAUAAUAUCAGGAGCCUAUUUUAAAGACUAG